UCCGUCGGGAGGCCCCGCUCGCGGCCCCGCCUCCGCAGCCGCUAUGCCCCCUGGGAAGCCCCUGCAGCCUCGGCUGCAGAUGAAGGUAGACGAGCUUUUCCGGCGCUGGCUCAGCGAUCCCGACACGCAACGCGAGCUCAGCGACGGCCUGCGGCGCAUCCGCGAUGACGUCACGACCGACCUCGCGACCCCCAACCCCGCAACCCCAGCGCCGCACCAGGGCGCCCUGCCGGCUCCAGGACCGCGGAGGACGACGGGGCACAGAGCGGUCCAGGCUCGCAGGGAGGAGGAGAAGGAGGAGGAGUCUUCGCCGCCGGCCCCGCCCCCUAGCUGCAGCGUCCCCGCCUUCUACUUCCCGCGUGGCCGCCCCCAGCCGUGCCCUGGGGAUGUGGACGACGUCAUCGCGGAUGUGGAACGCGUGUUCGCGGCGUUUCCGCAGGAGAGGGCGGCGCUGGACGACAUGGGCGCAGUGGCAAAGGCCUGCCGCUGCCCGCUCUACUGGAAGGCCCCGCUGUUCUACGCCGCGGGCGGGGAGCGCACAGGUUCCGUGUCUGUGCACACGUUCAUCGCUGUGUGGAGAAAGGUGCUGCUGACGUGUCAUGAUGAUGCCUCCAAGUUCCUGCAGCUGCUGGGCAGCCCUGGGAGCCACGGUCUCGCCCAGGAGGACUUCGUGCCCUUCCUGCAGGAUGUGGUGAACUCUCACCCCGGCCUGUCAUUCCUGAGGGAGGCAUCUGAGUUCCACUCGCGUUACAUCACCACGGUCAUCCAGCGCAUCUUCUACACCGUUAACCGGUCGUGGUCAGGCCGGAUCACGUGCGAAGAGCUUCGGCGGAGCCGCUUUCUACAGGCCGUGUCGCGGCUCGAGGCGGAGCCCGACAUCAACCGUGUGACCGACUUCUUCUCCUACGAGCAUUUCUACGUCAUUUACUGCAAGUUCUGGGAGCUGGACAGCGACCAUGACCUGAUGAUUGACAGGCGGGACCUGGCGCGGCACGCCGACGGGGCCAUUUCCUCCAAGAUGAUCGACCGGAUCUUCUCGGGUGCUGUGACCCGGGGCCGGAAGCCGAAGGGCGGGAAGAUCGGCUACGCUGACUUCGUGUGGUUCCUGCUGUCGGAGGAGGACAAGACCACGCCCACCAGCGCCGAGUACUGGUUCCGCUGCAUGGACCUGGACGGCGACGGCGCGCUCUCCAUGUUCGAGCUCGAGUUCUUCUACGAGGAGCAGGCGCGGCGUCUGCUCGCACGCGCGGUGGAGCCGCUGCCCUUCCCCGACCUCGCCCGCCAGGUGCUCGACCUCGUGGCCCCUCGGUGCCCAGGCCGCAUCACGCUGCGGGACCUGAAGCGCUGCCGGCUCGCGGGCGUGUUCUUCGACACGUUCUUCAACGUGGACAAGUACCUGGAGCGCGAGCAGCGGGAGCAGGCGGCGCCCGCGCGGGACGCGGACGCCGACCCCGCCCUCUCCGACUGGGACAAGUACGCGGCCGAGGAGUAUGACUUCCUGGUGGCCGAGGAGGCGGUGGACGCGUGGGAUGGCGGGUUCGAGCCGUCGCUCGGCUCCGUGGAUCUGUUUGACUUCACGGAUGAUGACCUGGAGCUGCUGUGACGGCGGGUGUGGACCUACUGUGCGCCCGCGGACUCAAGAGGGUCAAGUAUGUGCCGUGGGGUCGGAGGUCACCAGGACUGCGGUCCUUUUGUGGGCCUCCUGUGGCCGUGACUCUGGGUGACCUGUAGCCCUACUGUGUGCAGAGCGGCGCUUGUGGCUGACGCUGCGUCACGUUUGUAUUUUUGAAUAAAGAGUUUGAGGAGUUUUUA